AUGGACGCUGUCGCAUUUGUAGGCAGCGAACUCAAAAUCAUCUAUGGGCUUAAUCCCCAUCCCAGCUACCCCAAUGGGGCCAAUGCUAUCUACACACUAUUGAAUAAAGUUGGGCCCAAUGCAUGCUUUUACCUUAAGCAUGAUCAUAGUAUCCAACUGCCUCAACUGAUCCUCUACGUGUGCCAUUGCCUCCAAAAGAGCAUCUCGAGCUCUCAAACCCACCUCAUAUUCCCGAUACAAUACCCUGUGGGCUAUUCGGGCUUAUUCCAGUGGGUUGAUAUUAAGACCGAGGAUUUCAUCCACUGGUUGUGCCGAAGUACCUGCGGAAAUAUUGUGUUGCCUCCCAAAGACUAUGUGCACUCAAUAGAUAUUAAAACCGAAGAUUUCGUCAGCUGGUUGUGCCGAAGUACCUCCGGAAAUAUUGUGUUGCCUCUCAAAGAAUAUGUGCACUCAACACAUGUCAAAACCGAAGAUUUGUCGGCUGGUAGUGCCGAAGUCCCUCCGGAAAUAUUAUAUCAAAACCGAAAAUUUUGUCGGCUUGUAGUGCCGAAAUCCUCCGGAAAUAUUGUGUUGCCUCUUGGAGACUAUGUGCACUCAACACAUAUAUCAAAACCGAAGAUUUUGUGGGCUGGUAGUGCCGAAUCAACACAUGUUAAAACCGAAGAUUUCGUCGGCUGGUAG